CUGUCAACGAAGACUUGACGUGUACUUUUUUACGGACUGGGGAUCAUAUCCACCAAACAAAUAUGUUAAAUUUAGUCUUCGAUCGUGUUUGCUAGCUUUUAUUUGUUAGAGAUUUGUUGUAUAUUUCUUCGGAUCAGCAUUUAUUUCGAAGAGAUUAAGCUCAAAAAUGUCCGAUAAACAGAAAUUUGCAAUUGCUGCUGUGGGUAUUUUUGUAUGUUACUUUUAUUUCGCCAUCAUUCAGGAGAAAAUAACCCGUGGACGGUAUGGGGAAGAACUGCAGGAUGAUGGCACGCGAGGAGAACGAUUCACGUUCGUCCUGGCUCUUGUUGGUGUACAAUGUUUGUGCAACUGGAUAUUUGCCAAAGCAAUCCUUAUUGCCAAGCCACAAAACCAAGACACGACACCAAAGGUUUACUACGCAAGUAGUUCCCUCACGUACCUGCUGGCGAUGAUUAGUUCAAACAUGGCACUCCGAUGGGUUGCCUAUCCUAUGCAGGUCGUAGCCAAGUCAGCAAAGCCAAUUCCUGUGAUGCUGCUUGGAGUCCUCGUCGGAAGGAAGUCCUAUACAUUGCAGAAAUAUUUGUUUGUGCUGUUAAUUGUCAUCGGAGUUGUGUUGUUUAUGUUUAAAGAGGGAAAAUCAAGCAGUGCUCCAUUAGAGCAGGAAGGACUGGGGCAACUGUUGUUGAUUAUGAGCCUUACAAUGGAUGGACUCAUUGGCGCUAUUCAAGAACGAAUGCGGCAGCAUAGUUCCCCUUCCGCUCAGCACAUGAUGCUGGCAAUGAACGGAUGGAGCACCAUCUUCGUGAUCGUGCCACUUUUGGUAACCGGCGAGGGAAUGCAGUUCAUUGCGUUCGCAACCAAGUAUCCCCAAAUGCUGGCGCAUCUUGCCACGCUAGCUCUGGCAGGAGCUAUGGGACAGCUUUUCAUCUUCAUGAUGGUCUCAUCGUUCGGUGCCCUCGCAUGUUCGGUGGUGACGACCACACGGAAGUUCUUCACUGUGCUUGCGUCUGUUUUGCUGUUUGGGAACAGCCUAACCGGAAGGCAAUGGUUUGGCGCAAUCCUGGUGUUUACUGGUCUGUUUUCUGACAUGUUAUACGGCAAAAAAGGAGCCACCGGUGUUAAGCCUAUCCAGAAACCGAAGGAUAAAAACGAAGCUGAAGAACUUUUAAAGUAAAGUUUGUAGAAAAUAGUGUGUACUUGUGAGGGCACGGAAAAAGUGUUUUCUGGAAUCAAUGUACAAUAUAAAAAGAAAUUCGAAAUAAGUAGACCCCUUAACAAUGACAAAUCCGAUGUAAUUCUGUGAUUUUGAGCCAAUGUUAAAGAUACCAUCCAUUCCUUCAUAUCUUCAUUUUAUAAAAAUAAAUGUCAAUUUAGCAUAAGUCAAGGGAAAUACAAUAAAAACAAACAGUCGAUAUCGA